ACAGCGCAAAUCGAUACUGACACAUGCAAUACCAGUGGUUCAGAGUGUGAAUGCAUGGCUUGUGUGCUGUUCAGAAACACCGCAUGCGUUCAUUUGUGUGAGAAACGCGCCUCUCUCCAGAGGCGCACAGAGGCUCAGCGCUGGAUCUCCAUCAGCUUCUCCUGUCCGUCUAUCACUAACACUGAUAAGGUUGACAUCAGCCUUUUUGGAUGGAGGGCACAGGCAGUGGCUGGGCCGCAGAGCUCACCCCACCGCGUGUGAUGCCUGAUGUAAACGGGAACGAUACUGGUCAGGUCUUUGACGUGGCGCUGCAGAACGGCUCCUCCAAACGCAGCCCACAAAUUGUGGGUGUGGAGCUGCUGCAGUCCUUCAAGCUGCUCAUCAUUCCCUGCUACACCCUGGUGGCUCUGGUGGGCGUCUUUGGCAACUACCUGCUCCUGUAUGUCAUUUGCCGCACCCGUAAGAUGCACAACGUCACCAACUUUUUCAUCGGAAAUCUGGCCUUCUCUGACAUGCUGAUGUGCGCUACAUGUGUCCCUUUCACACUGGCCUAUGCAUUCAACCCACAUGGCUGGGUGUUUGGCCGAUUCAUGUGCUAUCUGGUUUAUCUCAUCCAGCCAGUGACAGUGUACGUGUCAGUCUUCACUCUCACUGCCAUCGGUGUGGACAGAUACUAUGCCACUGUGCAUCCUCUGAAGAAGCGUAUCUCAGUCUUGGCAUGCACCUACCUCCUCUCUGGGAUCUGGCUUCUGUCCUGCGGUCUGGUGGCUCCAGCUGUGGCUCACACCUACCAUGUGGAGUUUAAGAACGAGGGCUUCACCAUCUGCGAGGAGUUCUGGAUGGGCCAAGAGAGGGAGCGGCUGGCCUACGCGUAUAGCACUCUCUUCAUCACCUACGUGCUGCCUCUUUCUGCUCUCUCCAUCUCCUACCUGUGCAUCUCUGUCAAACUGCGGAACUGUGUCGUACCUGGCCACCACACCCAGAGCCAGGCGGAGGCUCAGCGCAUGCGCAAACGCAAGACCUUCCGUCUGGUGAGCCUGGUGGUGGCAGCCUUUGGAGUCUGCUGGAUGCCCAUCAGUGUGUUCAACGUCCUGCGUGAUAUUGACAUUGACCUGAUUGAUAAGCGGUACUUCCUGCUCAUUCAGCUACUCUGUCACCUGUGUGCAAUGAGCUCCUCCUGCUGUAACCCUUUCCUCUAUGCCUGGCUGCAUGACCGCUUCCGUGCUGAGCUACGCAAAAUGUUCACAUGCCGCCGUCGCAUUGGCAUCUCGGCCAAUAACUGCGCCACAGCCAGCGUGGUGCUGUGAAACUCCAGAGAUUUAGACACAGUCCUUGCUUCUUUGGACUGUAAUUUACAGUCAGUUAUAUAUAUGGGUAGGAUGCCAUUAGCCUGUGUGUUGAGACAAAUUUCAACUUAUGACACUCAAAGUAUACCCACAUGACUAUCAUACUCUGCUAUGUCAAACACUUUGCCCUGCUCUAUAUAGGCUUCAGCCUGCACACAGUAUGACAGUCGACUGUAAUAUAUUUGUCCUGAUGCAAUCACAUGGAUUUGUCUGUUUUUGUAAAUAAUAACAUUUAACUUAUCUAUUUUUUUUUAAAUAUAUCUUUCAUCUUUGGAAAAUAUGUUUAGUGUAAUCUGUUUUGGUGUUUGGACCAUGAAAAACAUUUUUCUUUUUUCCAGAUUGACAUACAAUUGAAAUAAAGGAUUAGGCUGGCAAUAUUUUUUAUAUUUUUAUUGUCAUAUCCUAUGAAAAAAACCCAAAAA